UAUUUGUAUAUUUGUUUUAGUUUUUAUACAAAAUAUAUUAUUUUAUUUAAAAUUAUAAAUAAUUAAAAUUAUAAAUAAAAAUAAAUACUUCGACAUUAUACAUAUAUUCAUCUAUUAGAAUCAUGCAUUUGAUCUUAUGAACUGUCACUGACAGUGACUCAGUUUUUAAAUAACCUCUAUUAUAUAUUUGGUACAUAAAGGCAUGAAAAAUUAUUUGAAUUUUUUCUUUAUUUGUAACAAAUUCAAUUAAAGAAAUGUUUUCGAGUGGACCAAAUUAUACCAAAUUAAAAACACAUUUACGUCUAACAAUAAAUCGGCUUAAAUUACUUGAAAAAAAAAAAACUGAACUUGCCCAGAAAGCACGAAAAGAAAUAGCUGAUUAUCUUGCUGCAGGAAAAAUUGAAAGAGCAAAAAUACGCGUUGAACAUAUUAUUAGAGAAGACUAUAUGGUUGAAGCAAUGGAAUUACUCGAAAUGUAUUGUGAUCUCUUACUUGCACGUUUUGGACUUAUUCAACAAAUGAAAAAUUUAGAUGAAGGUUUAGCAGAGGCUAUUUCUACGAUAAUUUGGGCUGCUCCUAGAAUACAAACUGAUGUUCAAGAAAUUAAAGUAAUUGCUGAUAUCUUCACAUCAAAAUAUGGAAAACAAUAUACAGAAGCAUGUAGAGAAGAGGCAGUACAAACUAUUUCUGAAAAAUUGAAACAUAAAAUGAGUGUGCAGUCACCAUCUAAGCUUCUUGUAGAAAAAUAUCUUAUAGAAAUUGCAAAAAAUUAUAAUGUUGAAUAUGAACCAGAUCCACAGGUAAUGAUAGAAGGUCAAGAUGCUUUAUUAAUAGAUGUUGAAAAUAAUACAGAAAGGAACAAUUUAGACAUAGCUUCUGGAGGCAUAACUGUACCACAACCAGUUGGAUUUAUUGGUUUUCCUCAACCUCCUUUAUUACCAAAUCCUGCAUUUAAUCUAAUUAAUUCAGAAAAAGAAACUAUAGGAUUUGUAACUCCACCAACAACUUUAGAAAAUAAAGAUCAAAAUGUUCCUUAUAAUCUAAGUAAUGUUUUAUACAACAUUCCUUUAGAUAAUUCUAAUGGAAACAAACCUGAAAAUAAUCAACCUCCACCAUAUGAAUCAUUUCCACCUGAUUUAAAUAAACAGUCUGACCAGAAACCAAAACCUCAACCGCGAUCGAAAAUGCCGAUGAAUGAUUUUCAGCUUCCAGAUUUACCAACUGUGCCAUCGGAGAAUAAUUUACCAUCAAAUAAUCCAUCUACUAGCGAAGAUAUUGAUUUUGAUGAUUUAAUGAAACGCUUUGAAGACUUGAAGAAAAGAAAGUAAUUUCUUAGUUGUUUUAAGAUGCAUUACAAAUAUAUAUAUUAUAAUACAACAACAAUAUAAUGUAGGUAUAAAUAAAAAUAAUUAUUAUUGUUUUAAUGCUAUAUUAAUGUAUAAUAUUAAAAUUUAAGUAAUUUUCUAUU